AUGUGGGACGGAGAGGAGAGGGGAGGGGAGGAGGGAGAGAGAAAGGGAAGGGCGGUGGGGUUACGGGUACGUGGGGGGUGUGAUCUGUGGAGCUACGACUUCUACACUGGUGAAUUUGUUGUGUCUCCUGAACCUGACACUAGUGUGCACACCAUCGAUCCCCAGAAGCACAAGUACAUUAUCCUUGGCAGUGACGGACUGUGGAACAUGAUCCCACCUCAAGAUGCUAUCUCCAUGUGCCAGGAUCACGAGGAGAAAAAGUACUUCAUGGGUGAGCACCGCCAGUCCUGUGCCAAAAUGCUGGUGAACAGAGCACUGGGCCGGUGGAGGCAGCGCAUGCUUCGUGCAGAUAACACCAGUGCCAUCGUGAUCUGCAUCUCACCACUGCAGGAUAGCAAAAACAACUUGGAAAAUGAAGAAGAACUGUAUCUCAACUUGGCAGAGAGUCCCUGCUAUAGCAGCCCUGAUACAAAUGUCAUGACGCCCUCCCACUGCUGCACCCCACCUGUCAAGCUUUUAGAGGAUGAUCCGUGGCCACGACUGAAUGCUUCUGAGCCUGUUCCCUCCCUCAUGCAUAGCAGCAUGAUCUCAGAAAAAUACGCCGAGCUGCCAAACGAGAUUGCCAAAAGCAAUUUACCUUCAUCAGGAGCAGCCCUAAAGGAUUCAGGUCCACAGGACGAGAAGUGCAGCAAAGCGUUGGCUUUGAGGAUACAGGAAUCCUACAGUAAUGGUUUGUCAGUCAGUCUAUCCCCAUCCAACUCUACAAAUUCAGGCACGGACCAAAAAGGCUUAAAGGUGUCUCCUAACAGCCAAACAAAAGCCCAGGAUGCGGAGAGGACACCCACAGCAAACUUUAAAAGGACAUUAGAAGAAUCCAAUUCUGGCCCUGCUGUGAAGAAGCCGAGGCGCGGCCUGAGCCGAAACAUGGGUGUCCAAGCAGAGGGCAUAUCCACAACGCUGCAGCGCAAGAACUCAAACAAGCUGGCCAUGCGGCGCAGCCUGCGCGGCCAGAAGAAGCUCGGCAGUUCACUCUUCCACCCACCCAGGAAAGCAGUCUGCGUUUGCUGAAGGGCAUUUGUGUAGGGGAAGUGUUUUAUUCUGAUGGGAAUUUUAAAGUUGGUGCAGAAGUUUGAAACUCUUCCUGUUUUAUCUUUUUUUAAAGUAGAAACUUUUUUUGGUAUCCAACAGCUUUCUCCCGGCCUCGUACUUGCUUGUAUUAUAACUGUGAAUUUUGUAGAUGUGUAGGGUAUAAGUCACUGUAAAAUGUGUGUAAAUUUGUAUUCCUUCAUAUUAAUGUAGUCUCUUUUUUUUUUCUUCCUUGUAUAAUUGUUAAAGCGGGGCUAAACCUUGUUUGAAAAAAAAGAAUAAAGUCUUUUUUGUUAAUUUACUAAAGUCUUGAAUUUGUAUACACUUCUCGUGAUGGGAAUUUCACAACUUUUUCACUAAAGUAAAUUAUUAAACAGAAUGGAAGAUAUGUAUUUUCAUAGUAUUAUAUGUCCCACUGGAGUGUGUCUUUUAGAAUACACUAGGUCUAUAUUUUGUUUUUAAAUUUUAGAUUUCUCUACUCAGAAACGUGGAAACAGAUGUUGAGUUGUGCUUUAGGCAGCUCGAUGUCCAUUUAUUUGUUAAUUAAAAUACUAUGCAGUAUCUUAUCUAGUUGCAUUUUUGUAACAUUAAUAGUCAAAGUAUUUAGCAAAAAAUAAUCGUGUUUUUAAAACUCCAACUCCCCAGUCGUUCAAUAAAGCCAUUCCCCCAUCCCUGCUCUCAGUGGUGGCAUUUCUACCCAGGCAUUCGUGUCUGCCCUACGGAGGUUGAGUUCUCUGCUGUUCCAAUACCGAUGGUGCUGCUAUACCUUUCAACAAGUUCUUAAGUUAUUUUAUGACAAUUUGAGUACGUGGACCACAUGUAUGUUCACCUAAAUAAAAAGUGAGAACUAAA